CGGGCCCCUCCGAGGGGGCCCACCCGGACCCGGCCGAUGUCGCGAGGCGCGCGCUGGGAGGCCCGGGGAGGACUCCGAGCGCCUGGGAGGGCCGCCGCUGUCUCGACUUGGCCCGCCUCCGAUCCUCGAGCCUGGGGGCGCCUUCCGUGCCUCCGUGUGCGAUCACCGGCACGGCGCCUCCGCGGGCGACGCCCCGGCGGGGCUCGCCUCGUCGGUGGCACAGGGGUCUUGGCGGCCCUGCCGCGGCGGCGUGGAGCUCGUGUUCCCCGCCGAGCCUGCCCUGGACCUGCCCGAGCUGUGUGCGGCGUACCGCCGCUGCCGCGACUGCCUCGUGGCGGAGGACUUUGACCUGCCUGACGGGCUGGCCCAGGAGUACUCGCCGUGCUGGGCGGCGUCGCCCCCGCCGAGCGGGGAGGGCGCGCCGCGCGCCUGGGCGCCCCUGGCCACCGCGGGGGCCUCGGGAGAGGCCCCCCCGCCCGUGGCGUCGGGCAUCAUCCUGGAGGAUCCCGGGGAGGCCGAGCAGAGCGGCUCGGACCUGUACGCGGACGACUUCGAGGAGGACGACGCGGGCAGCUCGGGGUCGGACGACGGCCCCGGUCGCGGGGCCAGCGCGUGCGCGCGCUCCUGACGCGAACACCGCGUCGGGCCCCGCGGCGGCUCGCGCGGGGC